CCGUGUGGUGGGUAGGAGAAGCGCGGGCGCCGCGGGUGGUUUAAAAGCUCCGACUGAGGAGGUUUUGUUCACAGAUCUGAGGAGCUCCGCACCGGGAAAAGUUGAACCUUCAGCUGAUCCACAGACGAGCUACAGGAGGGAGAAGCAGCAGAGAUGGCAACUCAGACGGAGCUGCCCCACCUGCACCUGGCUGAGCUCACAGCAGCGCAGUUCAUCGAUGUCUGGAAACACUUUGACUCAGACGGGAACGGCUUUAUAGAAGGGAAGGAGCUGGAGAACUUCUUCACAGAGCUGGAGACUGCCAGGCGAGGCGCAGGGGUGGAUCCCUCACACGCUUGUUUUAAGGAAAAGUUGAAGGAGUUCAUGGCCAACUUUGACAAGAAUUCUGACGGCAGAAUCGAGAUGUCAGAGCUGGCCCAGAUUCUCCCCACAGAGGAGAACUUCCUGCUUUGUUUCAGAGAAUUUGUUCGAUCCAGUUCUGAAUUCAUGGACGCCUGGCGGCGGUACGACACUGAUCGUAGUGGAUACAUCGAGUCCAACGAGCUGAAGGGUUUCCUGUCAGACCUGCUGAAGAAGGCCAACAGAAACUACGACGACAAGAAGCUCAUCGAGUACACGCAGACAAUCCUCAGGAUGUUUGACCUUAAUGGUGACGGUAAGCUGGGUCUCUCUGAGAUGGCCAGGCUGCUUCCAGUUCAGGAGAAUUUUCUGCUUAAGUUUGAGGGCAUCCGACUCACCGUGAAAGAGUUCGACUCUCUCUUCACUUUCUACGAUAAGGACGGUAACGGUUACAUCGAUGAACAGGAGCUGGAUGCUCUGCUGAAGGACCUCUGUGACAAGAAAAAAAUGGACGUGGACUCAACCGGGCUGGUGGACUACAAGAAGAGCAUCAUGGCCCUGUCUGAUGGAGGGAAACUGUACCGCACUGAGAUGGGGAUCGUCCUCUGCCAGGACUCCAUGCUGUGACCCCGCUUGCCUAGGACCUUUCCAUCCUCCCGCACUGCUCCCUCCUUCCUACCUCUUAAUAUAACCUGGUGCAUGCACGACCCCCCCCCCCCCCCCCCCCCCCAACCUCACUACACCUACUUAGAAUGACGACAAAAGUGCUCAUGAAAGCACAAAGUAAACCGCUGGUCCUGCUGUUUUAACUCUGCAUCCUUCUGAUGUUUUUUUUAAACAUGUGAUGAAUGAGAAUUAAAAAAAACUAUUGUGUAUUUAUUUGUAUUUCUGUUUUAAACAUGCAUUUGUAUCUUUAAUCACACUCUAUCCUUGAUUUUGAACACAAAGAUCUGCAAAGGUUCUGUUGCAUCUCUGUUUGUUUCAGUUUAUUAUCAGUUGUUUGAUUUCAGGAGGCUUGUACUGUUCAAUUAAAGCUAUUAUUGAGAGAACAAAUAAAUAAAUAUAACAUGACUACCCCUGUCC